GUUUAGAGGGUCUCUCUCUACCGGGGUGACAAGUCAUACUACAGGACCGAGGGAAGUAGCUGCCGUCUGAAGACAAGAAAAAAAAAAAAAAAGAAACACGACACUUUUCAUCAUUUCACCGCCGGAUACUUAACUCGCCCUGGGGUUGGAUUAACUUGAAAUCUCACUUUUUUAGUUUUUCUUUUUACUUUGCUUUACAAGACCACACAACUCACCGAAGACAAUGGGAUCCCAGUCAUCCAAAGGAGAGGUGGCCACGGAGGCGAACGCUGCCGCCGCUGAUGCUGCAGCUGUCAAAACCAACGGACAGGAGAAUGGCCACGUGAAAACCAACGGUGAUGUCUCCACAAAGCCAGAUGGCGAUGCUGCUGCUACCAACGGCUCCGCUGAGGCAGCCAAGGAGCCCGAAGCCGUCGCAGAAGGGGACGCCAUCGAGCCGGCGCCCACUGCAGAUGGAGAGGCUGCCAAAACCGAGGGCGAGGCUGCGGCCAAGGAGACCCCCAAGAAGAAGAAGAAGAAGUUCUCCCUGAAGAAGUCCUUCAACUUCAAGCUGAAUCUGAAGAAGAGCAAGAAGAACGAGGCAGUGAAGGAGGAGGCGGCCGCUGACGCCCCCUCUGAGGAGAAGCCUGCUGAGAACGGCGCUGCUGCUCCCGCAGAGGAGAAAAAGGAGGAGGUGAAGGAGGAGGCUGCGGCUGCGGCUGUGGCCGAGGCUCCAAAGGCAGAGGAGGCCCCGGCUAAAGAGGAGGCCCCCAAGGAGGAGGCCAAGGAGGCAGCUGCCCCGGCCCCCGAGGCCACGAAACCAACAGAGGAGAGCAGCUCGACCCCCGCUCCCUCUGAAAAGAAAGAGUGAUUGUACCCUUAGCUCACAAUGAACUGGGUGAACUGUUUUUCAAGAGAGAGAGAGAAAAUUUAAAGAGUAUAUAUAUAUAUAUAUUUAUAUAUAUAUGUGUAUAUGUAUACAUAUGUAUAUGGAUAUAUGUAUAUGUAAAUAUAUACACAUGUAUGUGAGAGACUCCUUCGACGUGCCACUUUUCGUCAUGAUAACAAGACGACAGGCUAGAUUCACUAGAUCACUUCCCUGGUUACUGUUCGACAUCUGGACCUGGACUGAUUUUAGGCUGUGGGUUGGUCUCUGUGUGGAAAAUGGAUUUUAAAGGCUAGGACGCCAGCAGUAUAUAUAGACGGAUGAAGGACGGUGUCGAAGCAUCUUUUCCCUGAAUAUCCACAGAUCAGGAUGCCUCCUCGCUGAAGGAAUGACGCUAAAUACAAUACUAGGACACCACCACCACCUGAAAUGACUGUUAAAUAAUGAAAAAAGAAAAAAAAAAAAAAUCCGAAAAUUAAGAGACUCGCCAACUUUUUACAUUCAUAUAUUUUAACCCAAAUUUGAAGUAUUUUGUGGUGUAUUAUAGAGAACCAUCUUAAAGAUUCAGAGAAGCUAUGUCUUGUUUGUUUAAAGAAAAAAAAAAUAGACAAUUUUGAUUUUUACCUUACUAUGAAAAAAAAAAACACUUAAGCUUGCUAUGUUCACUGUCGCGGUUUGAUAUGAAGCAGAGUUGUUUAUCUGUCGUGUGUGAGCCCGAAUCUGCUCUGUCUCUGUAAAUACAUUGAAUUUAUUUCUGUUCUUUAUUUUGCUAAUGUUGACAGAUGUUACUGGUUUUAUUGUAAAGUUGAUAAUGGUAAAUAAAUGUUGGUUACCUGCC